AAAUACAUAUUCCCUUUCAAUUAGGUGUUCCACGUUUGACACUUCACCAUGAUGCGGAUAGGAAUAUCGAUGCUUUCUAGCCUAUCUGUAUUCUUAAUGUUGAUGUUUCUAUUUGGUUUAUGUGACAUGUGUCCCGUCCCACAGUGGACAGGAAACAAUGAAACAACUCUGAAAUUUCUUACAAGGAUGAAGAUUGUUUCAAACGACACGUUGAGCAAUUGCGACAAAAGUGUUCACCAUCUCUUAAUGGAUGACUUAGGAAUAGAAGAGGUUUCCCACAAUGCAUUAGAAGAUUUCUAUAACCUGAAAUCUUUAUCGUUAUCAGGGAAUUAUAUUUCCGUGCUGUCACCAUUUUUACUGGAAUACAAAAGAGGGUUGGAGUCUUUCAACAUCGCAAAUAAUCGUCUCGAACGUAUUGAGGACGGAACUUUUGAAUAUCUGGACAACGUAAAGGUAAUUGAGCUCCAGUUUAACAACAUUUCCUUUAUCGGACCAGACGCUUUCUCAAGGAACCUCCGAGUUUUACAAACUGUAAACGUUUCCCAUAAUGCUCUAACAUACGGAGAACCAUGGCCAUUUAUACCGGAAACGGACCCAACGGACGGCGAGGAUUUGGUGUUUGACCUCGAAUACAAUCAUAUAUCGGAAUUCCGGAACUCGCCUAACUGGACAUACGAUCUGGUUUCGCCCUUUGAGUACGACGUCAAGUUAAGUUUUAACAACAUAACAAACAUUCAUAUUGAUGAUGUUGUACAUAUAUACAAUCCGGGUUUCCAAGGAAAUACAUUCGUAGAAUACUUGUCUUUUAAAAUCAAUGCUUCUGAAAACCCUUUUUUCUGUGACUGUAAUGUAUAUCCGUUUGCAUCUUAUUUGCGCGAUUCGCUGUUUUAUUUCUAUAGAGUGGAAGAGUUCCGAUACCGGUGUAACUCUCCUGAUUCCUUGUCUCAAGAAGAUUUCCUUCAUGAUAUUCCCCUUGAGCAGUUUGUGUGUAACGUCACCGAAAACUGUCCCGACGGCUGUAUCUGUCAGGAGCGGCCUUAUUAUGGAUAUCUUCACGUGAACUGUAGUUUCAUGUACGGUUCUAACCAACAACCAAUGAACACACUCCCUUUAACUCUUCCAACGUCCAAGAACGGCAAGAUAUCCUUACAUCUGGAUGGACACUACAUCGUGUUACUAGAACAAAGGGAUUACCUUCCACAACUCGUAAAUCUAACUCUCUCCUUCAACAAACUAGUACAUAUUGAUCCAAAAGCUCUCACGUCCAUGUCUGACAGACAAUAUCUAGAUCUCUCACAUAAUUAUCUCAAAUAUGUGCCGAAAGAAAUCCAGUAUUUCAAGACGGAUAAGGUUCGCAUCGGUUCCAAUCGCUUUGAGUGUAACUGCAACAUGACUUGGAUGGCCCAGUGGUUAAAUCUGGAUUCAAACGCUCCUGCUUACAAUGCCCAGUGUGAAUACGAUGACGGCAGCGAGCGUUAUUUUAUACGCGACAUCACCGAUUCUUUGCUCAAAUGCAGCUUUGAGAACCUCAUCAUUAUAAUCAGUGUCGUCGUUGGCAUCCUCAUCGCAAUAAUCAUCGGGGCAGUCGUCACGGCCAGACGGUGUCCGUACGAGACAAAGGUUCUGAUGUUUCGACUCUUCGGAGUGCACCCUGCCGACAAGUAUCGCGUGGAUUUGGAAGAACCACGUCAAUACGACAUCUAUGUAUCUCAUUACGAACACGACUUACAGGCUAGACAAUGGGUGAAAUCAAAGUUCCUUCGCAAACUGGAAGAAAAUCAAAAAAGAAAGUUCAAAGUCUUUUAUUUCGAGCGAGAUCUCAAUGCUGGUACAGAUAUGUACGAUGAAUUAGUCACCCAUAUGAAACAAUGCAGACGAAUAGUGUUUAUACUAACUAAUGAUUUUUUCAAUGAUGAAAAGAAUAUCUUUGAGGCAGAUCAAGCAGAAAUAGAACAUCGAGCGAGCGACAAUCUGCAUGGACGUGUCAUAUAUUUGUUAUGGAACGAGAGCGUGCGAGAAAAAAUAAAAUUGGACCCAUGGAAGUCUCGAAUGGAGGGUAAACGCGUGCUCUGUCCAGACGACAAGUUCUUCUGGUCUAAGAUGAGAUACGAACUGCCUUUCAAGGGGGUGCCUUAAAACUCUCCUACGUUUUAAAGGAUUUUGAAACCUCAACUUUCCUGCAAAGCGACGAUUGUCGGAGAAAACGCAUGCCUGUCCGAAUGUCCGGACGUCAAAACAAUAUAUGCAAGGCGAUCGCAGUGAUUUACAACACGCAUGUAUAAUACAUAUUAUGUAUACCCACUUGCUCAAUAUGUCUUGGACAAUAACCAACUGGUUCAAUUAGAGAUUGCAGCAACAAAAAGCACAAAGGAUGUGUAUUCAAGCAAACGAUGGAAAUCAGUGCUAGACUGUAAAUAAAAAAGGCGGAUGAGAUGUUCUCAAACCAGAGAGAGAGAGAGAGAGAGAGAGAGAGAGAGAGAGAGCGAGGGGGGGGGGUAAAUGUUUUUUCAGUGGUUGCUAAUGAGUUGAUGUAACAUGUAUAAGAAGUGAUAUGUUUCUGUUACAAUGGUGUACAUAUUUUAUACCUACAAAUCAUUCUUUUUAAUAAUAAAUUAUCCUUCUUGCA